GUAGAUGAAGGAAUGGCUAGCUUGACCACGAGCUUGCUUGGAAUAAGACGAGCGUCCAAGGCGCAAGAGAAGAUGAAAAACGUAGCGUUUUGUAAGAAGCACCCAAAGCAUAAGCAAUCGCCUGGUGUUUGUUCUCUCUGUCUCAACGAGAAGCUCUCUAUCUUCAUCAAAUCAACUUCUUCUUCUUAUUCUUCUUCACGUCGACGAAAAGCACGUCAAAUCACAUGCUCUUCCUCAACUACUUCUUCUCUCUCCUCUUACUGUUCUUCCUCCGUCUCUUCUUGCCCGUCGCCACUUAUUGAUCGGCGAUUCUACUUGUUAACAGCCGGAGGUAGCAGCAGAGAAAAAGGGAUUUCGUGGAUGACGAAAAGCCGAUCUGUGGCUUAUAAAGUGGAUGAUGAGAAAAGAAAGAAGGAUAGGAGGAAACGUGGUUUCUUCUUUUUCGGUUUGGUGGGUACAAGUAGAGAGAACAAGAGAGUAUUGUAGCUUGUUAGAUUUGAUGGUUCUUGAAUUUUUGUUUUUAAUUUAUGUUGUGCUCCUGAUUCUUUCAUUCAAAAAACUAAUACGUUCAGAAGACUAGCUAGAUCAGUUUAGGCUUUUUUGAGCAUUAUAUUUGGUACGUGCAACUAAGAAAAAUUUUAUAACUAAGGGGCGAUGGGCUAGUGGUUCCUAGUUGUUGAGAAGUUGUUCUCUUGGUUUAGAUCAAACCAGCGUGGAAUUAUUUAAUCACUCUCUUUCGGCCAAUCAA